AUGGAAACUUUCAACCUGCGUUUGAACCCAAGUAAGUGUGCUUUUGCUGUCCAGACAGGAAAAUUCUUAGGGUUCAUGAUGACGGGGCGGGGGAUCGAGCCAAACCCCGAGAAAGUUAGAGCGAUCAUGGAGAUGCAACCCCCCCGGUCGGUCAAAGACGUUCAACGACUGACCGGUCGACUAGCAGCACUCAGUCGUUUCCUGUCUAAAUCAGCUGAGAAAUCUAUACCUUUCUUUCAAAUAUUGAAGAAGUCUAAUGGGUUCGAAUGGACACCAGCAUGUCAAUCGGCGUUCGACGACCUGAAGGCUUACUUGAGUUCAUCACCAGUUUUGUCCAAGCCGGAGAAAGAUGAGACACUCUCCAUCUACUUGGCAGUUUUUGACCGGGCGGUCAGUUCAGUGCUCGUACGGGAGGAAACCAAGGGAGUCCAUAAGCCGAUCUAUUAUGUCAGUAAGGCUCUCCAAGGACCAGAGUUGCGAUACACCAAGUUUGAGAAGACCGUAUUUGCACUCUGGGUGACCGCCAGGAAACUUGCAGCCUACUUUCAAGCCCACCCGGUUGUAGUUUUGACCGACCAACCACUUGGAACGAUUCUCAGAAAUCCAACGUCGUCGGGGCGGCUGAUCAAAUGGGCCAUGAUGCUUACCCAGUUUGCGAUUGAGUAUAGGCCGCGCCCUGCCAUCAAAGCUCAAGCGUUGGCGGACUUCAUUGUUGAGUGUACCGCGCGGGACCCGGAGCCCGACCGCUCGACUGCCUUGGAGGAACCAUGGUGGGAAGCCUCAACUGACGGGUCGUCCAGCAAGAAAGGAUGCGGCGGAGGAGUCGUGCUUACAUCUCCUGAAGGUUUCAAAAUUUAUCAAGCUUUGAUCUUUAAGUUCCGACCCACCAACAACGAAGCAGAGUAUGAAGCACUCUUAGGCGGAGUACGGUUGGCUAGGCAGAUGAAGGCCGACCGACUGAGGUUACGGUCGGAUUCCCGGUUGGUGAUCGGUCAACUAUCUGGAACGAUCGAAGCAAAGGAGGAACGCAUGAUACAAUACAAGGACGUUGCCCUAGAGUUAUUACAACAGUUCGACAAGUAUGAGUUGAUCCAGGUGCCCAGAACGGAGAACACAGACGCUGACAUGUUGUCCAAAUUGACACAGGAGGCCCCUGAGUACGUGUCUAAGAUCGCACGAAUUGAAGAGAUCGGGUCGCCGAGCAUUGAUGUUAUUGAGGUCCGACCGGUUGAGAUAAGCGAGCCAGAUUGGAUGUACGAUUUGAAAAAUUACAUUGCUAAUGGCACCUUACCAGAUGACACCACCAGGGCGAAGAAGGUCAGACUGAGAGCACCACGCUUCCAAUUGAUCGAUGGCAAACUCUACAAGCGGUCGUAUGGCGGACCGCUCUUGAGGUGUUUGACCAACGAUGAGGCCAAGAUUGUGAUUGAGGAAGUUCAUGAAGGCAUUUGUUCAGCUCACCAAGGACCAAGGACGCUGGCGCAAAAAAUCAUCCUGCUAGGAUACUAUUGGCCCUCAAUCAACUUGGAUUGCGAACAGUACGUUCGGCGAUGCGCUACUUGUCAAGAAUUUCACCGAUUGCCCGGUCGACCAGCCACAUAUUACCAACCGAUCAGCGAGGUAAUACCCUUUGCAAGAUGGGGAGUUGAUUUGAUCGGAGCAUUCCCAAUGGCAGUCGGUCGGAAGAAAUAUGUGAUCGUGGCCAUUGAUUAUUUCACCAAGUGGGUAGAAGCAGAGCACUAG